GUUAUGGGGAAUUGAAGGGCGCCAGAUGGCGAUGAGCCUAUGACCCAUGAUCGCCAUGGCCGUCAACGCGUCAACAAAAAGUGAAAUGAAAAAAGAGAAUAAUAACGUAGAACUGCUUGUCGAAUGCCACACAGUCUUUAAAAAGAUAACAGACAGUUGGUUUAAAAACACAAGAACCCCAUCCCAAAGUUUUUGUUUAGCUGCCACGUAGCUGCUGAUAGCAUACCGGCAUAAGGGACUAACAGUUGGUUCGUCACUGCUUGUGUUCAGUUUGAACGAAGUUUCAGUCAUCCUUUGGUAAAGGAGUCCUUUUUACCUUAUGGUGACCGCGUGAAUGUGGCAACAUCCUACUACGAUGUGGUCGUUAAGUCGCUCAACGGUGUUGACUCACACUGCGGCAAUAACCUUUGGCUUUUGCCUGGCGUACAUCUUCGAUUCGGUCCGCUUAUCAAGUCAUGUAUCCUUCACCAAUAAGAUUCAGCCACAUAUACCGGAAGAAGAUAGCAACGAUUUCCACGGCCACGGCCAUGGUAUCUGUGACGUCCAUAACGAAACGGGAAAGAAAAACGUUGCCGGCCCUAUGUUUGAUUUCGGUUUGCACGAUUCGCAAGAAAACUAUCAUGCUGGUGAAGACGAGGUAGCAAGGGAGCUGCACGAAAAAGUGCGUGUGUUGUGCUGGGUCAUGACGGGCCCCGACAACCACGAGAAAAAGGCAAUUCAUGUCAAACGUACUUGGGGCAAGCGCUGCAAUAUCCUCGUGUUCAUGAGCUCCAAAGAAGAUAAGUCAUUGCCUAGUGUGGCAUUACCCGUCAAGGAAGGCCGCCAAAAUCUCUGGGGGAAGACUCGUGAGGCCUACCGUUACGUUUGGGAACAUUAUAAAGAACAGGCAGAUUGGUUCAUGAAAGCUGACGAUGACACUUACGUUGUGCUAGAGAAUCUUCGCUACAUGCUGUCAGCUUACAAUGCAUCGGAGCCCAUUGCUUUUGGUCAUAAAUUCAAACCUUUCGUCCAACAAGGAUUUUUCAGCGGUGGUGCUGGCUAUAUCUUGAGUAAAGAAGCUACAAAAAGAUUUGUUGAAGAAGGACUUAAAAAUCCAAAAAAAUGUAAAAAGGCUGAGCCAGGAGCUGAGGACGUUGAAAUGGGCAGAUGUUUGGCCAACCUAAAAGUGAAAGCUGGUGAUAGCCGCGACUCGUAUGGCAGAGGUCGAUUUUUCCCAUUCGUCCCGGAAGACCAUUUACUUCCAGGACCCGUUACGAAAGAUUUCUGGUUUUGGAAGUACAUUUAUUAUCCAGUUAAAGAGGGGCUUGCCUGCUGUUCCGAUACGGCGGUGUCAUUCCACUACGUCUCGCCUAAUGAUAUGUAUGUGCUGGAUUAUUUGAUAUAUCACCUGAAACCCUUUGGAAUCCGAAGUAAUUUACAAGGGACUGCUGCCCCACCCCCGGACCAAGAUUUAAAAGCCACGCCAUGGCCAGGUCCACCAAAUUAAGAUGAAAUUUAAAAUAGAAUAAAAAGAAGUUUCUAUAAGUGAAGAUAUAGCGAAUUAAGAAAUUAUCAAUGGACAUCUGAGCUUGCUUAAAAUAAAUUUCUGGAUUUGUUCCUGCGAUUCACAGUUAA